AUGACCUUGAUUUGCCCACGAAGUACUGGUACCGAUUGCGCCGCAGAAAGAGACGAAAUCAACGACAACACAACAUGCAGAGCGGUGCCGUUAUCCACGGGCCAACGGGGCUCGACAACACCAGUCACGUUUGGUGUCCUCUCCAUUAUCAGAUUCGUUUGCCUCCUGUCAGUGUUUUCGGUGAUGAUUGUACAGCUGCAUUUGAUCUUUGACAAGAUUGUUCACUCCACUAGUGAUACGAGGAAUGCAUCCAUAAAUUGCGAUCUCGAGAUCUCUCACUUGCCACCACCAACGGCUAUCACGAAGACGGUCUAUCGAAAGAUUCGUCUGCCAGCUCAAACCAUCUAUCAGACCAUUGUCCAGAAUGUAACACUGCCACCCAAGAUCGUUUACGUGACGCGCAACUUUACUCGUAUCGAGUACCGGUACCGCAAUGGGACAUCUUCGGACAUGGAGAACCCUCGCGGUCGUCGUCGACACGAUCGACGAAAGUUAUUACCAUUGGAGCUGCCUUUUGUUACCAAACAAGGCAUGAUGAUUGUGUUUUUAAACAUCCCUUGGACGGGAGGAAACAUCAUUCGCCAACUUUUCCGGCACCAUCGCGAUUGGCGCUACAUUCAUCCAAUGCCAAUGCCACCACAAUCAAGCAACGAUGAGAUCACCAGUACGCUUCAAAACUGGAUUCCAGGCACCAAGCUCUUUUACGAACACAUGAUUGUGGAUGGAGAAAAUGAACCUUCCAUGAUGGAUUGGAAGGUUCGAGAUGACCUGAAUCGCUGGCGGGCCAUGGCAAGGAUUCGCAAUAUUCCAUUCUUUGCCUUUACGAUUGUUCGUAAUCCAAUCGGCUUUGUUGCUUCUCAGUUCCGAGAAGCAAAACGAGGCAGCUCGGGUGGUGAUGGCCCGACAAGCGAACAAGAAUUUCUCCACCUCGUGCAACCCAACCCGCAGUGUUCAUCGUAUUGUGCUCGUCGCUGUUCCCACGAGAUAACGUCGAGCCACAACAACAGGAGUCACAGCACCCAACAGGAUCCUCACAACAAUCAACAAGUACUGAUCGAAGCACCAUCCGACCUUCAAAAGUGCAAAGCCGUCUAUGAUGCUUUGAAGCAAGAUCUAGAUUGGAUCGGGACCACGGAAAGAUUGAGUCGAGAAACUCUUCCGAUACUGCAACAAAUGAUUGCCAAUGUGCAGCCGGAUCCGGUCGUCACGUUUCGGGAUACGGAUAUCGAAGACGUGCCCGCAAAAUCCAACUUCAGCGAAACAGCCACUGCCCAUGUAUGGAAUGCCACUCGAGGAGACAACCUCAUCUACCAACGAACCCUUCAAGACUUCCCCGUAACCAUGUGGAUGAACUUUCGUCCUACAGCAUUCGUUCCAGAUGGAACCAAUGAUGUGUAG